AUGAGCCUGUCCUUCUGCUGCCUCCUCUCCCUCAGCCGCCUGAUCCUCAGCAGCGCCCUGGCGCCGCUGCCCCCCGGAGCGCAACUCGGGCAGGCGGCCCGUGCCAGCGGCGCCUCCUCCGCUUCAUCACCUUCCUCUUCUUCCUCCCCCUCCUUGGGAGCCAAAGGAAGCGGGCCGGAGAGAAGCAGCUUCCAGUGGAGCCCAUCCGGGCGCAGGACGGGCAGCCUCUAUUGCAGGGUGGGCAUUGGCUUCCAUCUGCAGAUCCACCCGGAUGGCAAAGUCAACGGCUCCCAUGAAGCCAAUCUCUUAAGUAUUUUGGAAAUAUUUGCUGUGUCUCAGGGGAUUGUAGGAAUACGAGGAGUUUUCAGCAACAAAUUUUUAGCGAUGUCAAAAAAAGGAAAACUCCAUGCAAGUGCCAAAUUUACAGAAGACUGCAAGUUCAGGGAGAGGUUUCAAGAAAACAGCUAUAACACAUAUGCCUCGGCAGUUUACAGGACCGAAAGGACUGGGAGAGAAUGGUAUGUGGCUUUGAACAAGAGGGGCAAAGCCAAAAGAGGCUGCAGUCCCCGGGUGAAACCCCAGCACAUCUCCACCCAUUUCCUUCCAAGGUUCAAACAGUCGGAGCAGCCGGAACUGUCUUUCACCGUCACUGUUCCUGAAAAGAAAAAGUCACCUGCCUCCACCCCAGCAAAACCAAAGGUCUCUUUGUCUGUGCCUCGGAAGAACCCCAACACUGUUAAAUACAGGCUGAAGUUUCGCUUUGGAUAGCCGUUAAACUGAUCGCUAGAGAGGAACACUUUUCUCAGGAGCUGCUGCGUGUGUGUGCGAGUCCUUGGCUUACAAUGGCAGACAAGGCCUUGAUCGCACUUAGCUGCAUUAGGAGGUCAGAAGGGAGAUACCCAUUUGUUUCAGUUUGACCCCAGCCAAAUUGCUUUUUGAUAGUCAAGAGUGUUAACUGAACUGGAAUUCUUCAUCUGGCCCUAGGGAGGAAAGCAGUGGUUCAGGUCAAAUGAACAUAAAGGCUUUUGUUUUUUGCCUUAAAUAGCAUUCUCACUUUCCUACUCUCCAAAGCAUUGAGACUGGACUGUACAUUUUGAAACAAUGUCUGAUGGAUCAGUUUAAUUUUUUGCUUUCCAAAGAAUACACUUUUGGUGUCGAUAAAAUAUUUUAUGAACUUCUGUUUAUUUUGGUUGUCGGAAGCAACAAAAGGGUACCUCUACAUUGAACAUAUUUUCUUACUUUCACUAUUUUAACUAAUGACAUUUUUUACAAUCAUGUUCAUCUGAGCAAUUUGUUCAAAGUUAUAAUUGAUAAGGAUUUCUUUUCCUGCAUCUUCUCUUUUUGCUGCACUUUUUACUUCUGACUGUACCUCAAACUCGUAUAUCCAAGUCUGUCUUUUUUUUAAAGUUUGAUUCCCCUCCUCUUAGAAUUCAACUCUUUAAAAAAAAAAACCAAUGCAUCCGAUGAAGUGAGCUGUAGCUCAAGAAAGCGUAUGCUCAAAUAAAUUGGUUAGUCUCUAAGGUGCCACAAGUCCUCCUUUUUCUUUUUGCGGAUACAGACUAACACGGCUGCUACCCUGAAAUCUGUACAUUGUAAUUUGUGCCAUGAUGUUGAAUCCUUUCUUUUUUUUAAAUUUGGGAAGGGUUUUCUUUUAUUCAAGGGAGAUAAUGAGUUUCAAGUUUAUGGAGGGGAACACUUCAUUUACAAAUGACCCUGAUUCCAGUCCCCCACUCCUACUCUUUCUUGAACAGCUGGAAGGAUAAGUCUUAUUCUGUCCAUCAAACUAUCAUUUCGAAGUCUGUGUUUAAAAUACCUCUGUCAUGACCCUGUGGCAUUCCUGCUAUUAUAGGUCCACAGGGAUGGAGCUGCUUUUCAGGGGAAACAAAGGGAGGCAAGAGCCAUUCCAUAGGUGUAUCAGAUAACAGCCAUCAAUGUCAUGGCCUAUUAUCAAAUGCUGUCAUCAUUAUACUCAGCAAGUAAAACCCUCUCCUGAGACUCCUACUCCAAAGGUAAAUGAUUCCUGUGAGUGCAUCUGCCUUUUGUAACAAAACGAUGGGCUGUGAAUUUAAAGACUGGUCAUGCGCUACAGGAAUCAGUUCUAUUCCGAGAACGUGUGAGUUGCUGUUGACAACCAACCAGUGGGCCAAAUGGGGUGCAUGGGUGUAACUAAAAGCAGAAUUAGGUUCUUUGGGUUGGAUCCUAAACUGGUGUAAAUCAGCCUCGUUCCCAUGGACUUCAAUGGAGCCAUGUUGAUUUACUCCAACUGAGCAUUUGGCUCAUUAUCACUCCAAAUGGAAGAUAGUUCUGCAAAUGUUUUAACUCAUAUGAUUUAUACGAUUUAUUUAUUUAAUUGAUUAAUAUACACUUCACACUGAAAAAUGUUUUAUUUGAUCUUAAAUAUGGCAAUGUGGCAAUAAACAAUAUUAUAGCU